AUGGGGUCCGGCAAGUCCAAGGAGGCCGCUUUGGUGACCUACAAGAAUGGCAGGCCCACCGUCAAGGGGACCAGGACAUACUCGAUGUUCAGCAAUAUUCUUUACCGCAUUGCCGACACGGACGCCAACCGCUGGGCCUUCUACAACGAUAGCAAGGAUUACAUCAUUCAUGUAGCCAUCCUCUUCGACUACGACUCGCAGAUAGUGCCCCUUGGCGACACUACUGCCUUCCGCAUUGAUGACCCGGAUGAAGGUAACGAGGACGACUUUGGCAAGUAUCUGUGCGAGGUGGAUGUGCGCCCGCUCGAGACACAGCUGUUCGUCGAGGGGUCUGUGACGGGGUGGCGCGUCGAUACCCUCGAAGCCCGCACGGCUGAGGAUGAGCGUGAGUACCGCCUUUAG